CUUAAACACCGCGACAAUGGCUUCAGGAUACGGACUUGCUGGCGGCCCCUCCCGCUGCUUCCCCUUCUGGCAAGAAGUCCUCGCAUGCUACACGACCAACACAAACGCCGAAGACGAUUCUGGAAAAGCAAAAUGCGCACCCAUUCUUGAAGACUACUACGAGUGUCUUCACCACAAGAAAGAGGCUGCACGUACCCUCGCCCUCCAGGCCGCCUACCGCAAGGCCGAAGCCAACAUAAAACGCGACGACGCGCCUUCUGCGGGCGAAAUAAGGCGUCUGGGCGUGCUGGAUGCCCCGCUGCAAGAGAAGAACCUGAAGCCGAGCAAGUGGUUUCCUCACAAGGAGAUUAACUAGGCGUCUGUGUGUUUGUGUGCUGAGUACAGGAGCAAACGGGGGGGGGGGCAAAACACACAUCACAUGUAAAUAGAUGCAUUUUAUGCAUGGGCGUGUGUUGAUGCGUGUAUGGCGGGGCCUGAGCUUGGUCGGUACGAGGAUGAGAGUUUUCUCUUCUCCUUGGUUUCCCCUCUUAGAGCAAGAUGAAUGAGGAGAAAUGAAAUCAAAUCAAAAGCGUCUUCGUGUCGUGGUGUGUACAUGUGAUUGCGAUAUGCACUGAGUCCUGGCACUGCAUCAUGUUUUGUUUUCUUUGGGCUCUAGAAUAUACUUCACUCGUUAUGCAAAAAAUGACAUGAGACGACAC